UUUCAACAAGAUGCUGUCUUACCUACUACUGAUCCUAGUCUCCCUCUAUCCUUCCAUAAGUGGUACCAAUAUCGCUGUCACAUAUGAUGCUGCUAGCAGUACUUGCACUGCAGCAAUAUCUACGUGCAUUGACAGCAAUGUUACAUACUGCCAUUCAAGCAAUGAAAGUACCUCAACGUCAUUUGCAGAGAAAUUGUUAAAGAGAAAUGCUAAAGGUAUCAAAGCAACAAAUCAGAAAAUGAGCGAUUUAAUCGGUUCAGUUUCUGAAAUAAAAAACACAGCUACCUCGAAUACUAGAGCCAUCAGAGAACUACUGGAGCAAAUGGAAGACCUUAUAGCACUGCACAACUCUUCUACUUCUUCUCCUAUUCCUACUUCAUGUCAGGAAAUAAAGAACAAGGAGCCAAACAGUCCUUCUGGUGUGUACGCAUUGGCAACCAAUGGCAGUAACAUAAAUUUAAGAUAUGUCUAUUGUCAUAUGGAGGAACUGUGUAGUUCAGGAGGAGGAUGGACAAGACUAGCAUAUCUGGAUAUGACUGAUGCUACAGAGAACUGUCCUUCUGGGUUUAAACUGUACCAGUCAGGAGGAGUUAGAGCUUGUGGUAGAGCAUAUAAUGCUGAUGCUAGUUGCCAGUCAGUUCAGUUCCCAUCUAAUGGUAUCAGUUACUCUCAAGUGUGUGGUAGAGUAGUGGGAUAUCAGUAUGCUACACCUGAUGCAGUUCAACAUGGUCUGUGGCAAAAUCCACAACGUUAUGUUGGAGGAACUGAUCCCAAACAUAAUAACAUCAAUAAAGCUUAUGUUGAUGGAGUUAGUAUCACUCGUGGGUCUCCUCGUCAACAUGUCUGGACACUAAUGGGAGGAGUCCAAGGAUCAAGUAUAGCUUAUGAUGGACGGUACAACUGUCCAUGUUCACCAGGAAGUACGCAAAGCUCUUUCAUUCAAGAUUUCAUCAAAAACAAUUAUUUCUGUGAAUCAGGAGCUGGAACUACCCCCAGUCGAAUUUUCUAUACAGCUAAUCCAUUAUGGGAUGGUCAAGGUUGUGGUACUCUUGAAACAGCUUGCUGUUCAGCUCCUGGUCUCCCUUGGUUCCACAGGAACUAUACAGCUACCACUACUGACUAUAUUGAGUUGAGGGUCUGUGGUGAUCAGGAGACAGAUGAUGAAGAUACUCCUGUUAGCUUUUAUGAGAUUUACGUCAAAUGAGUAACUUUGAUUUUUUUGAGUGUGGUAGGACUUAUUAUUAAUUAGUUAUAGCAAGAGUACAUGUGCUCUUGGUUAUAGUCUAGGCUAAUUUAACACUGUUAAACAUUUUAAAUGAGGACUUUCUUUAUUGGGUUAUUUGUAUUAAAAUUUUCAUUCAUUAUUAUUAGUAUAAUAGGCAAGAGGCAUGUAGAAUUGCAUACCUGCUGAAAUAUUAACUGAAAUAAUUAUGUUCACA